GCGGAGAGCAGGCCUCGGGGACGACGUGCAUUGGGGCUUAUUCAGAAAUCGUUGCUGCUUAAAAUGUAACACCCAGGACGCAGAAGGAAGGCGGAGCAUCACAUCCGUUUCCUUCCCUUAACGAAAGCGUGUUGUUCAGCCCAGGCGCAGAGUCGAGGGGCGAGUACUGACUAGGGGCUCACUUUUUAUGGAGAACAGUGGGCAUCUGUGGAGCUGCGGCUCUGUGCGCCGCCCCGCUUCCUGCCCUUCACGGCUUCAGAGUACCCUGCGAGUGCAGCAGCACGCUGAUACCCCGUCUUACCAAAAAGUCUUGGACGUAGACUCGCCCAGGAUGUGCAUUGGUCAGAAUAGGAUGAGAUGAACGUGUCUUGCACACUUGACCUGUCGCUUGUUUCCUGUGUUAGAGUGCGGGCUCCUUGCCGGCUGCUGUGUCCCCAGCCACCCGGUCAUUUGUUAAAUGAAUGAGCGAGCGAGUGAAAUGGCUUACCAAAGACUGGAAUUCAAGUCUUGUGGCUUGGAAUCCCCUGACUCCAAAUUCCAUUUUCUGUAUUUAAACAUCGGGUCAGAAGUUGAGAUUUCCACUAUUGAGAAACAACGGAAAGAGCUACAGCUGCUCAUUGGAGAGUUAAAAGAUCGAGAUAGAGAGCUCAACGAUAUGGUUGCAGUACAUCAAAGACAGCUUCUCUCAUGGGAAGAGGAUCGGCAGAAAGUGUUGACUUUGGAAGAACGUUGCAGCAAAUUAGAAGGUGAACUACAUAAAAGAACUGAAAUAAUCAGGUCACUCACAAAGAAGGUAAAAACCCUUGAAUCGAAUCAAACUGAAUGCCAAAGUAGUCUCCAAAAGACUCAACUACAGCUUCAGGAGAUGGCCCAAAAGGCAACCCAUUCCACUCUCCUCUCUGAAGACCUUGAGGCCAGAAACGAAAAUCUCAGCAACACAUUAGUGGAACUUUCUGCUCAAGUGGGACAAUUGCAAGCUCGAGAACAGGCCCUCACCACCAUGAUAAAACUGAAGGACAAAGAUAUUAUUGAGGCAGUCAAUCACAUUGCUGACUGUUCGGGUAAAUUCAAAUUGUUAGAGCAUGCCUUACGUGAUGCUAAGAUGGUGGAGACCUGUAUUGUGAAGGAAAAGCAAGAUUAUAAGCAGAAAUUGAAGGCACUGAAGAUUGAAGUCAGUAAACUAAAAGAGGAUCUAAAUGAAAAGACAACAGAAAAUAAUGAACAACGAGAAAAGAUCAUUCGCCUCAAGCAAGAGAAAAGUUGCCUGCAUGAUGAAUUGGUUUUUACAGCAGAGAGAGAAAAAAGGAAAGAUGAAUUACUUGACAUUGCGAAGUCAAAGCAAGAACGUACGAACGCGGAGCUGCAUAAUCUGAGACGGAUGUACGUAAAACAACAGCGUGAUCUGCAGUUUCUUAACUUCAAUGUGGAAAAUUCUCAGGAAUUAAUACAGAUAUAUGACUCAGAGAUGGAGGAAUCAAAGGCCCUGGAAUCCAGCAGAGACAUGUGCGUAUCAGACCUUGAAAAUAACCACCCAAGAGUCGAUUUUAAGAGGGAGAAAAAUCAGAAGUCACUGGUUAAGGACCAAAAAUUUGAGACCACGUUGGUUCAGCAAAAUAGGUCAGACAAGAGCUCUUGUGAUGUAUGCAAAGAGAAGAAACUACAGGUUAAUACUUCAUUUGGGGGAAAAAGUGUAAUUGCUGUCUCAUCUCUAUUUGCAAAAGACUUAGUGGAGAAACAAAAGUCUUGGUCUCUGGGAGGAAAACUCCAGCUUGAACCCGAAAACAAAAGUACCUUUUGCAAGAUCCAUGCAAAAUCACCAAAAGGUAGUGGAACUGGGCUUCAGAAUGAAGAGAAACAACUCUCAGAAACAUCAACAUCUAUAUCCGAUGACAAGUGGCAUGACGUCAGCGUUUACCUGGGCCUGGCCAACUGUUCUGGUUCAAAACAACCAGAGAAGCUGGAUGUCAAAUGCCAAGAUUACCUGGAAAGGUCCGGAGUCUCAUGUUGCCAUAAAAACAAAGCCUGCCUGGAUGAAGGCGACAUGUGGGAAUCCAAGUGCUGCCACCCAAGGAACUUCAUCAUCGAAGCCCCGGGCCACAUGUCCGACGUGGAGUGGAUGAGCAUCUUCAAACCUGCCAAAGUGCAGAGGGUCGUGCGCCACAAAUCGGUGUGCACGUGUUCGGAAAGUGCCAGCGGAACCAAAUACAACUCCUCGACCAGUGAGCUGAUUGCCAUCCAGCAGUCCCACUGUUUGGAUUCUUCAGAAUCUGCGUUAAGAGAGGAUGAGAAGUUGAUGGAGACAGAGUCCUCUUCUGAUAAAAAGAACUCAUCUAAGAUUUUGUUAGUCAGCAAAGAUGCAGCGUUGCCCAGUGAAAAGGAUGAUUUUUCUCCCACAAGCAAGCUUCAGCGUUUGCUGGCAGAAUCCCGUCAGAUGGUUACGGACCUGGAGCUCAGCACUCUGCUCCCCAUCAGCUCUGAGAACCUCAGCAGCAGCUCCAGAAAUAAUGUAGACAUCUCAGAAGAGUCAGCUGAAAAAAAUACCCUUCUCAGUAAUUGAAGAAAACAAAAGUCAACUUCAGUAUUCAUGGUGAUCAUGAAAGCCGAUUUCUCAUCCAUGUGGAAGGCAGGAAGCAGACAUCAAUACCUAAUACUUAACCUUGAAAACAAAAAGAGGAUUGUAAUCCUUCGUAAGCAACAUUUAAUACCAAAGGGGAGCAGAAACUGAAAGUUAAUUUUUAAACACCUAUAUUUUGGCUUCAGGUUAACCAUUUUCAUGUGUAAGAACUAUUUUUCAUGUGUAAGAAAUUAGACCUAAUUGUAUAUUAUAAAUAAUAUACAAACUUGGAAUUAUGCUAGGAGAGAAAAAGCCUUCUUUGUAAAGAUGCCGACUGCAGUUAAAUACUUGAGAAGCUCUUUAAAAUGGAGAAUCCAUGCAUAUAAAAUGCUGUUUUAACUAUCUGAUUUUUUUCAACCUGUGCAUACAUUUAAACUUACAACCAGUAGCUUAUCAGAGUCAGCUCCAAAUGUAAGAAAAUAGCAUUCUCUUGUGGUUUUUUUAGCCCUGAACUUUGUUGUGUAAACAGAUAUAAAAUGAUAUAAGAUUUUUAACUGGAAACUGUCUCCUGGGUUACUGACAGUCGAGGUCCUUCUGUCCCAAAAGCUGAGCAGAGCCCUGCUCUUGUCUGGGUCAGUAGUAGUCCCAUCAACUUACACAAACAAAAGCUUGCUGGAAGAUCAAGUUUUAUAUGCAUUUUUUUUUUAUCAUUAAAGACUAAAACAUUUCUGUUUUAACUUGUAAAGUAAUUUAAUUUUUUAAAGAAUAUACUGAUCAGCUU